AUGUUCUCCAGAGCAGCUCUUCGAGUCCCCCGGGCUCUGCCUCUGCGCACACGAGCCCCUGCGGCCUUUGCCGUCGCCGCCCGCUCCGUCACCACCGAUGCCGCUUCAGCGUCUCUGAACCAGUCGGUGCCCAAGUCCGAUGAUGAGCCCUUCCAGGUUACCCUCAGCGACGAGAGCUUCGAGACCUACGAGCUGGACCCUCCGCCUUACACGAUUGAGGUGACCAAGAAGGAGCUGAAGCAAAUGUACUACGAGAUGGUCGCCAUCAGACAGAUGGAGAUGGCUGCCGAUCGCUUGUACAAGGAGAAGAAGAUCCGCGGUUUCUGCCACCUGUCUACCGGUCAGGAGGCCGUUGCUGUUGGUAUCGAGCAUGCCAUCACCAAGGAGGACGACAUCAUCACUGCCUACCGAUGCCACGGUUUCGCCAUGAUGCGUGGCGGCUCAGUCCGAUCCAUCAUCGGCGAGCUUCUCGGCCGCCGUGAGGGUAUCUCCUACGGAAAGGGUGGCUCCAUGCACAUGUUCGCCAAGAACUUUUACGGUGGCAACGGUAUCGUUGGUGCUCAGGUCCCUGUCGGCGCUGGCUUGGCUUUUGCCCACAAGUACUCCGGCCGCAAGAACGCCAGUGUCAUUCUGUACGGUGACGGUGCCAGCAACCAGGGCCAGGUCUUUGAGGCCUUCAACAUGGCUAAGCUGUGGAACCUUCCUGCUCUGUUUGGCUGCGAGAACAACAAGUAUGGUAUGGGUACUUCUGCUGCCCGUUCCUCUGCUUUGACCGACUACUACAAGCGUGGACAGUACAUUCCCGGUCUCAAGGUCAACGGUAUGGAUGUCCUCGCCGUCAAGGCCGCCGUCAAGUAUGGCAAGGAGUGGACUGCCGCCGACAAGGGCCCCAUGGUUCUCGAAUACGUCACCUACCGAUACGGUGGUCACUCCAUGUCCGACCCCGGCACCACCUACCGUACCCGUGAGGAGAUCCAGCGCAUGCGCUCAACCAACGACGCCAUUGCCGGACUCAAGCAGAAGAUCAUCGACUGGGAGGUCAGCACCGAGGAGGAGCUCAAGAGCAUCGACAAGGCCGCCCGCGGCCACAUUGCCGAGGAGGUCGCCGCCGCCGAGGCCAUGGCCAUCCCCGAGCCCAAGGCCGACAUUCUCUUCGAGGACAUUUACGUCCGCGGCUCAGAGCCCCAGUACAUCCGCGGCCGUACCGUCGAUGAGAACCACUACUUCUCCAAGUAA